AGUCGAAAGUCAUCUUUAAACAUAAAUUGCACGCCUCGAGACAUAGUUCUUUACCUCGAACAAGAUGUCUUCCGAGCAUCAAGCGGUCAGCAUGCCUAGAGAAGGCGCCCUGUGCUGGGUCGAAUUCCUCGCUCAUGACGUCCCGAAGCUCAAGGAGUUCUAUUCCGCUCUAUUCCCGAAUUGGGACUUCAAGCCCAACACCGAGGAGUACAAGAUUGAGGACAUUGCAAUGGUUUCCUUCUCAGGCGGAUCCGGGCUGAGCGGCGGGAUCGUCAAGCUUCCGGCAGACUGCAAGCGUGAGGAGCAGCAGAAUGGCGUUGGAACCACAUCAUACUUCCUCGUAGAGUCGAUUGAGGAGACCAAGCCCAAGGUUGAGAGACUUGGAGGCACUAUGUGCCUACCGAAGACAGAGCAAGGGAAGAAUGGAUGGUUUGCUAACUUCAGAGAUCCAGAGGGGAAUAGGUUCGGAGUCUAUGAAGUCAAUCGCGCCAACUAGUAUGAAUCGAAUGGACCCUAUGGGGGGAAAGUGAUAGGCAGCCACAAGAUAGUUGUUCGAGAUGCGUAUCAUUGGUGCUCUCCGCUGGUGGUGUGUUCGUUGAUGUAAGGUUUGCGAUGGAAUACUUCCCGAG